CGUGCGCUUUACAACGGCAACACAUCGGCGCUUUUACCGGUCUGUCUGAUUUCAUUUCAGUUAUGACUACGGAUUCUUGUGGAGGAGGACAAGUUUUUCGAAAGUUUACCCAAUUCAACGGAAUAAUUCUGUAAAAUCACAUCUUGUGUCAUCGAUAAGUGUGUCUUAUUAACUUGGGGGUAAUCUUCAGAAGAUUAGCUACUGGACUUGGGGAUGAAGCCAAAACUCGUCUCAGUUUUCCGUGUCUGCUCUGUCAGCUAGCUGGCUAACUAGCUAGCAAGGCUAUCCACCCUAGCUAACUAUUUCCGACUCAGCUAACGUUUGCUUUUUUUGUGAAGAGGGCCCAGCUUUACUAGCUAGCGUUACAUGUAUUUAGUUGCUUGUCUCGAUUUUUUUAUUUUUUAUUUUUUUUGUUGCCACGAAUUAGCGUUUAUUCAAGCGUUCAAGAGUUGGUUGAACACCAGUCGAUUAUUCACCCGAAGAGGCCGCUCCGGUUUGAUUACAAGUUGUUAGCACGUUAGCUAGCUUUAUUAUUUUUUGUAUAGCUAUAUCUGGGUAGUUGCCAGCAAACAGCCACAAACUGCAGUGUUUUUGUAUUAGGCACAUUCAUCUCUACAUCCCGCUGCAAUACCCAUUUUAGAUUUAAGGGUUGUCUUUGCAGCAGUUUGAAACAUUUCAGCUUGGAGAUUUAGAAAGAUUUGUUGCUGUUCAGGGCCCUGAAACUCAAUAUUAGCUUGCUAGUCUGCCUGAGUUGGGAGUGGCUAGAGGUUUGCAUUAGCUGGUUAGCGAGCUAGCUAACAAACAAGGUCAGAUGUUCUUAUAUCGCACCCGUCUAUAUUGUGCGUAGGAUAAACAAAACGCAAUGACACACACUCUAUAGAAAAACAAUGUAUUAAUGACCUGUUAAACCACGGUCAGAUUGACAGCGGUUGUGUUUCAAUAGCCGUAUCAUCAGCAGGCGCAGGGAUCGGAAACCCCGCACUGGUCAAAUAGUUUGUAUAAACUACCAAUCUGGAUUUAUCCGCUGCUGUGCUAUAGAUUGGGUGCCACACUAGCCUGCUCAAUAUAGCUUCUUUCCCUGUACAUUUUGAUGGACGUGAUUAGAUAUUUUCUAGACGGCUACUAUUGUUAUCGUCAUGCGAUGCUGGCUAGUCAGAGAUCUGACCUGUACAUAGUCGUGUUGAAUAACAUUCAGUGGACGUAAUGUAGCUCUGUGGAAAGAUAAACCAAAAAUCUUUUUUUUUUUUUGAUUUACCAGAGUGUUGGUUACGUUUCUCGUUGAAAAACGUAAAAAAAAAUGAAUAUAAUGUUUGAUAGCUAGUUCGUGCUUGAACUCAAAAUAGAAUAGCCAGCCAGCGGAAUAGCCGGGCUAAAUUGAAUUAACAGCCGAUGAUUGAAGACUUAGAACGUUGUCAUUCUGGAUCAAGAAACCUUGUCUUUAGUCUCUGGUUGGAGUAACACUCCCAAGCCAUCAUCAAUGCCUUCAGCGCUGGCCGUUUUCUCCUGCCGUCCGAAUUCACACCCUUUUCAGGAACGUCAUGUCUACCUGGACGAGCCAGUCAAGAUCGGGCGCUCUGUGGCACGGUGCCGACCGGCUCAGAACAACGCUACGUUCGACUGCAAGGUUCUGUCACGGAACCAUGCCCUCCUCUGGUUCGAUCACAAGACUGGCAAGUUCUACCUCCAGGACACUAAAAGCAGUAACGGGACGUUCAUCAACAGCCAGCGUCUGAGCCGGGGGUCUGAGGAAAGCCCCCCCUGCGAGGUCCUCUCUGGCGACACCAUCCAGUUUGGGGUUGACGUCACAGAGAACACACGCAAAGUCACUCAUGGCUGCAUAGUGUCUACAAUCAAGCUGUUUCUACCUGACGGCAUGGAGGCUCGACGACGAUCAGAUGUCAUCCAAGCACCGUUACCACUUCCUGUUGAUAAGGUUGCAGCCAACACCCCCAGUAUGUACUCUCAGGAACUCUUCCAGCUCUCCCAGUAUCUGCAGGAGGCCCUACACAGGGAGCAGAUGUUGGAACAGAAGUUGGCAACGCUGCAACGCCUACUGGCCAACACACAGGAGGCUUCAGAGAGCAGCUGGCAGGCGUUGAUAGAUGAGGACCGGCUUCUCUCCAGACUAGAGGUGAUGGGCAACCAGCUACAGUCCUACUCUAAAAACCAAACCGAGGAUGGGAUGCGUAACGAGCUGGUAGCCCUGCAGGAAGACAAACACAACUAUGAGACCACGGCCAAAGAGUCCCUGAGGAAGGUCCUACAAGAGAAGAUAGAGGUGGUCAGGAAGCUGUCAGAGGUCGAGAGAUCUCUGAGUAACACGGAGGAUGAGUGUACUCACCUGAAGGAGAUGAACGAGAGGAACCAGGAGGAGCUCAGAGAACUGGCUAAUAAAUACAACGGGGCCAUCAACGAGAUCAAGGACCUCACUGACAAGAUAAAGCUGGCAGAGGGUCGUCAGGAGGAGUUGACUCAGAGGGGUCAGAUGGAGAAGAAGGAACUGCAGCUUUGUAUUGAUGAGCUGGAGGAGAAGGAACAGGCUCUACAGGCCCGUAUCGAGGCCUUACAGGCUGAUAACGACUUCUCUAACGAACGCCUCACUGCCCUGCAAGUUCGGUUAGAACAGCUUCAGGAGAAAAGCAUAAAGGACAACAACAGUUUAGGAGAUCCACCAGGAGACAAUGACGUAGACGUUGACAUCGACCUGAAACAACAGGAAGCCGUGAAACAGUUGAAAGAAGCAGUUGGCUCGUCGUUGCACAAGCUGGCCAACUUUGACGAGGUCAUAGAUGCCCACCUGCAGAACAACCAGACAGCGGAAGGAGACAGCCUUACCAGUCCUGACAGACUCAAAGUAGAAAACCUAGUGGAUGCUAAGGAGUCGGACAUGUCAGAUACACUAAGUCCCAGCAAAGAUCGCAGCAGUGACGACACGUCAGACGGAAACAUGGAUGAUCAUGAGCUGAACGAGCCACAGAACAGGGUCGCCCUGCUCAAAGAUGAGCUCAGUCGCGCCAACCUGGAGCCCGGGGACACAGAGCAGGUGAUUAACCACCUCCACAGAGAGCUGCUGGAGGCCCAGGACUUGGCCAACACAGGCAAGCAGAAGUGUCUGCAGCUCCAGGCCUUACUGGAGGACGAGAGGAGGAGUAACAGGCAGCAGACUGAGGAGUCAGCCAAGCAGAUCCAGUACCUACAGAGUCAGUUGGGGAAGCUAGCGGUAGACAUGGAGGAGCUGAAGGAGCAGAGAGAGAGCAGCAUCAGCAGCACACAGGAGGAGCUGUACUCUGCUCAGGAGGAGGUGCUAGUUCUCCACCACGCCAUGGAGGCCGCCACGGCCGAGAGGGAGCGAGACAUCGCCGCCCUGCAGAGGGACCUGGGAGGUGUCACGGCCGAGCUGGAGAAGUGGCGUCAGGCUGCGUCGAAAUACGAACAGGAGAUCAACUCCCUGCAGGCCACCUUCCAACAGCAGAGCCUGCACCAGCAGAGAGCCCUCGAGCUACAAGGAGAGUUGGAGCGCCUUCAGAAGGGCUGUUCCAGUCUGCAGCAGGAGUGUGAGUGUCUCCGUUCUGAGAAAACGACCCUGGUGAACAGACUACACGGACUGGAGACGGACCUGGACAGUUCCAGGGAGCAGACUGCCAGUCUGAACAGCAGUCUUCAGUUACUGGAGAAGUCCCAGGGAGAGAUGCAGAGUAGACUGGGCUCACUGCAGGACCAACACCUCCUGGAUGCUAACAAGCUGCAGUCACAGCUAACCCAGGCUGCUAGCAGGACACAGAGCCUGCAGAGAGAGUAUGAGGACACCCAGACCUUGCUAUCUGACCUGCGGCAGCGUUACGACAGGACAGAGCAGGAGAAACGCUCCAUCAACGAGGAGCUGGAACAGUGUAAAUUCAACCUCAAACUGCUGCAGGACAAGGGCAAGAAUCCAUCCAUAUUGCAGCCUGUCCAAGCCAUUUUCAUCAGCCUUAUCCUGGCCUUGCUGUAUUGGUGCUUCAGCCAGUUGUGGUAGAAAGAUUGGUUGGAGCCCCUGGAUACCAGUGGUAGCAGUGAUGGUAGCAGUGACAGCAGUGGUGCUUUACCACAACUCCAAGAGCACCUCGAACUGAGGAGGCAGCGACCUAUAUAACCACACCUCCUGUACCACCUCUACCUGUCUACCAGGCCUGCCCUGGCCUCCACUGUUCCCUCCACAACCUCCUGCCCACCUUGCCUCUCUCCACACCCCAACCUCCUGCCCACAUUGCCCUCCCUCAACACCCCAACCUCCCGCCCUUCUAGCCUCCUGAUCGAUCCUCCAGGGCUGCUACCCCCUUUGUCUCCUUGAUUGAUAAUGUAUUAAUUCAUUAAUUGAUUACCUCCCGUCUGGUCUAGUAGUUCCCCCACAUAAAGGCCCUCUGCUUUAAACUGUACAAAGUCAAACUGUGUAUAUAUAUAUAUAUAUAGAGAGAGAAGAAAGAUGAAUACAAUUAGUAAUUUCUACCAUAGAUUAAAUACUAUAUCAGCAGUUAUCGUUUUCUGUAAUCAGUUGGAUGAUGGGAAUUUUGGUCAUUGUAUUAUUAUCAUCAUUAAAGUGGCCUAAACUAGGCUUUGUUUUAGUUCUGAUGGGUAACCAAACCUUUCUUAAUUUCUUUGGGCUCCAGGUUGUUUUCGAGGAGUUGACUUCCUGUGUGGUUGGUUUACCAUGUUGGGUAGUUCAUGUGCGUCAUUACAAAUAUGAGUUUAAUAUUGAAGCCAAAAUCAUCAAAGUGAUUAUUUGUUAGGUUACAUCCCUAAUGGUCGAACCAGCAUACGUAUCCCUGUAUGUUGCCCUGGGCAAAGGUACUGCACUAUAUAGGGAAUAGGGUGCUGUUUUGGGAACGUCCGGCCUUCAUGAGGCACGAGGGGUUGUUAAGUGCCUAUUGAAACUAACAGGGGUGUCGGAUUGAACUUUCUAGAAGCCAUUUCUAAACAACUACGUUAUUGAAACCCAUCUGGUGUGUGUAGGUAACUGGGUUUAUACCGACGUGUAUCUCUGCUGAACUAUUCAGUCUGGCUUUAUUUGUGUAUUGUAAACAAAAUAAUAAUAAUAACUAUGGACAAAAUAUUCAUCAUGUUUAAAACAACACUACAGAACUUGUUAUUCUAGAUGAGGACUAGACUUGAACACAGUUUAUUUGGCCUCUGGUUUUAGCCACAAGAAGACAUUAUGGGCACAACCCAUUCAGUUGAUCGUGAUGUUUAAAGGCUGUAGUGGACUGGACCAGUAAGUUGUCUCUCUAAACUCUAGCCUGCUAACUCUGGGUUCUUGGCCCAUGUGCAGAUGGUAACCUACCCAGGGCAAACUCCGAACCUGAUGCGGUAUGACGUGAUUAAUCUGUUGUAAAAAAAAAUACAAAUAGAAUGUUUAAUAUGGGCUAUGAUGGGACCAGAGUUUUUCCAUCGGGUCAAAUGGGUUGAAGAACAACUCCUGGCCUUGGGAGUAUGAAAAUCUGUCAAACUGUAGCAACCUUGUAGUUGUUCGUAUGAAUUAUAUUUUAAAGAAAGGGGGGGGGGGUUCCUACUGUGUACACAGAGAAGGCAACAUGAUUGGACGAUAAAACACACAUAGGGCUGAGCUUGCUAUAUGCAGGUUUGCAUCGUGUGUCUUUCCCUAUGCAAGUGUAGGCGUAAUGAAAACGUACCUCAGUCUUGUCAGCUUUGGUUUAUAUUGAUUCGUUCCAGUCUAGGGAGCCUCGUCAGCCCGAGUUUGAUCCCAUUCACAUGGUCUCAGAAACAAAACGGUCUAUAAAUACAGAAUGUUACUGCAUCAUCUACCCUGGCCAGAGGGACUGGGCACAGGAGGCUAGACUGCAGCUGUCCGUAACCAACAGUUGAUCAGACUGAGAUCGCUAAUGUCAGAUCACUAAUGUUUAGGCUACUACAUUUAUGGAAGUGUUUUUUUUUUUUUUUUUUUUUUGCUUGUGUCUGUCGAGAGUGAUGUGUUAUCAUGCUUUGCUCAAUAAAUACUGGAGGAAAGUGGAAAGCACACCUUGAGCUUUGUGCCUGGCCUGCACUUCCUGCGAUUUCUGUGAAUCUGAUUGGUCAAGACACGCAAAGAGCCUGCAGCAGCACUCCGAUGUGAAGGACAGACAUUUUGUUUUGUACAAUUUGACAAAUCGGUCUUAAAUUUUUUUAUCAAACUAUAUCCAAAGUGGUGUUAAGAGUAAAAUGUGGUGCCUCACCUGAUUUGAAAAGGAUGUGCCCUCAUGUUUACCCAUGUCUAUGGUUCUAGUCCCAGACCCUGCCCAUGUCUAUGGUUCUAGUCCCAGACCCUGCCCAUGUCUAUGGUUCUAGUCCCAGACCCUGCCCAUAUUGUUCUAGUCCCAGACCCUGCCCAUGUCUAUGGUUCUAGUCCCAGACCCUGCCCAUAUUGUUCUAGUCCCAGACCCUGCCCAUGUCUAUGGUUCUAGUCCCAGACCCUGCCCAUAUUGUUCUAGUCCCAGACCCUGCCCAUGUCUAUGGUUCUAGUCCCAGACCCUGCCCAUAUUGUUCUAGUCCCUCUGUAUUUUAUGGGUUCUAGCCCAAACCCUGCCCAUGUCUAUGGUUCUAGUCCCAGACCCUGCCCAUAUGGUUCUAGUCCCUCUGUAUUUUAUGGGUUCUAGCCCAAACCCUGCCCAUGUCUAUGGUUCUAGUCUCAGACCCUGCCCAUGUCUACGGUUCUAGGCCCUCUCUACUUUAUGGGUUCUAGUCCCCAGACUGUUCUCUGUACUUUAUGGGUUCUAGUCCCAUACCAGAAUGUUAAUGGUUGUAUUCCCAGCCAGCCAGAAAGACCUCUGUACCACAGAUCACUACUCCAAAGUCACCUGAGGAUGAAUCUGCUGCCUUACCUGUCUGUGACAUGGAGUUCCCCGUCUCACCUCCAGACUGAAUCUGGAGCAGAAAGCUAUGAACAUGUCAGACUGGUUGGUUUGGCAUUAUUUGUUAUCCUACCACUAAGCACAGUGAUGUUCACUACCAGUCCAGUGUAGUUUAUAAAGAGGUUGAAAGGUCCGAGGUUAACCUGGGCGUUGUGUUUUUGAGACUGGAUCAAUGUGAAUCAGGGAAACGAUCAACAUGAAGAAAGAAGGAAAGUUUAAGGGUUUACUUUUGUGUGUGUUUGAUGCCUAGUCUGGUUAAAACAGACAGAAUGCUGGCAUCACCAUUAAGCUCCCCGAUUCAGUGUGGCUAUACCAGGAUCCAUACAGAGUUUACUGGCUUUGCAAAGCAGCCAUUCAUCCUAUUUCACUGUGUCAAUACAUGUCAAUGCUUCAACGCCCCCUGAUUUAAACCCUGUCAUGUGACACCGCCACCUGAGCACAGGACCUGGACCAUACAGGAGACACCAGGAAGGAGGAGGUUCAAAUCAGUCCAGCCAGCCAGCGGGACACCUUGAACUACAACCGUGUUACUCACACAUCACACAGUGACAUCACACAGUGACAUCACACAGUGACAUCACACAGUGACUGUGUUUCACAUCACAAGGCCUCGCGUCGAUCAUCAUCAUGAAGGACACAAUAACAAUUCCCCCUUUUCACGCUUUCCAAAUGUGAUGUUUAUCGCUAGAAUGUGUAAAAUAAGAAUGCAGUCUCGUGUCACACCCACAAGUAUGUGUUUUGGAUACACAGUGAGCGCCAAAAGCGGUGGAACACUUGUUGUUUUGGUUCUGUACUCCGCCACUUUAGAUUUUAAAUGAUACAACGACCAUGAGGUCAAAGUGCAGACUGUCAGCUUUAAUAUGAGGGUAUUGUUAUCCAUAUUGGGUGAACCGUUUAGAAGUAACAGCUCUUUUUCGACAUAUCCCUCAUUUUAGGGGACCAAAAGUAUUGGGGAAAAUUUCACUGUGUAUUAAAGUAGUCAACUUUAGGUUUUGGUCCCAUAUUCAUAGCAGAUACGGAUUACAUCCAGCUUGUGACUCUACACACACAUUUACUGUUUGUUUUGAUUGUGUUUCUGAUUAUUUUGUUCCCAAUAGAAACAAAUGGUAAAUAAUGUGUCAUUGGAGUCCACUUUUAUUGUCAAUUGGAAUAUAAUUUAUUUCUACAUACUAAUACAUUCAUGUGGACGCUACCACGAUUUAGGAUAAUCCUGAAUGAAUGAAUUCCCCAAGACAUGCUAACCUCUCAACGAACCUGCAAAUUCACCCAUCUGGUUUGCAGCAUCACCAGCUUGAUGUCGUCGUUGCCUGCUAGGAAUAUGGGACCAAAUGCUACCUUCUGACUACGUUAAUACACACAAGUGAGAUUGUCCCAAUACUUUUAUUCCCCCCUUUUAGGGGACCACGUCCAAAAAGUGAAGUCAUUUCUGUUAAGCUGAAUGAAAUGAAAAUACCCUCAUAUUAAAGCUGACCGUCUACACUUUGACCUCGGUCAUUGUAUCUUUUCAAAGUGUGCUGCUGGAGUUUGAGCCGAAACAACUAAAUGGGUGACUGCUUUUUUUUUUUGUGGUUCACUGUGUGUUUGUGUAAAUAUGCAUUCUCGAGAACACAAAAUAAAAGUUGAUACUAAGUGAUAUUGGUCACAUCAUCCAA